AUGAUUCCUCUCCGCUAUUCACCCAGUACGCAGGCUCCUCCGCCAUCGUUCUACGAGCUGUAUGAUAUCAGCUCGGCAUCACCUCCAAUUCCAACGUCCUGGGGUUCAUCUGACGAACCAAAUUCGUCGCACCAGGCAUCAACCGGCAUGUCCGAACAAGUUAACGAUAUCAUCGGACAAUAUGCUCAAGCUAAUAGGGUGCUCAUCUCGCCAUCGCUAGAGGAUAAACUGCGCGCUGCGAGUUAUCUUCCCAUGGACAAUCCCGAUGAGAUGCCAUUAUCAGAAUGGCAGGCGUAUGGGGUACAAACAUUUGAGCUACGAAGAUUACAAGAAGCUUACGAUAGGAAUAAGCUUCCGGGAGACAAGGAAAAUGCGGUUCACUCUGCUGGCCAAGCAGGAUACUCGUGGCGUCCUUAA